GCAGAUCCAGAAACUCCAAAUGCUGAACUCCUCCUCCUCCUCAUCAUCAUCAUCAUCAUCCUCAUCUCACUGUGCGCAUCUGCAGGCUACAGGAGCAGAGAGUUAUGCGUUUACACGGAUACACUGAAACUUAGCUCCUCUUCUCUGCUCCCGGGAUAUCCUUCAAAUGGAGAUGAAUGACUUUUAAGUCAAAGACAAGUGGUCACCAUUUGAAAUUUCUGCUUUGUCACGUCUAGUCUCCUUCAACUGCGUUCAUAAUGGGAUUACGCACCCUUGGCGCGCCAUUUUACGCAUAUGCGUGCGUCUAUUUAUUCGUUUUCCUCCUGCAAGCUGCCCAGUCGCAGAGGAAUCCCGGGACACAAGAAAUAAAUAAUCAAAGAGCGGCUCCGCGGCACACACUACAGUGGGCACAUAACGGCAAGAUCUUUAGCAUUUUAAGCCAGGGCUCGGAGUAUCAGCCACCGAGGCGGAGGGGCGCACCUCAGGAGCAAGUGCAGGCGCAAACUGUCACUAUCAUCCGAGAUGCGGACGUGAGGCAUCCGGACACCCAGAGCCAGCCGGCGUCCGACCAGCACAGCCCCCGUGGCUCCGUGCCUCCCGUCGUGGGGGGGAGCGGGCACCGCCAGCAUCACCCGGGGACGCAGAGGAACAACAAUGCCAAUGAGACCCAGGGAAAUGUCACUGUCGGCCCAUCUCUACCCAGGAGAGAAGACCUGAUGGUCGGUGACGAUCCUCACGACCCCUACAAGUCAAGUGAUGGCGAUAAUCCAUAUUACAAUCAUUACGACGUUUAUGAGAGGCCGAGGCCGAGACCCCGACCCGGAUAUGGCACAAGGUAUCAUCAGUACGGUCUUCCUGAUCUUGUACCUGACGCGUACUAUAUUCAAGCCUCUGCUUAUGCCCAGAGAGUCCCGAUGUAUAACCUGAGAUGUGCAGCUGAGGAAAACUGUUUGUCAAGCUCAGCUCACAGAUCCAAUGUCAGAGACUACGACACCCGGAUGCUGCUGAGGUUCCCUCAGAGAGUCAAGAACCAGGGCACGGCCGACUUCCUGCCCAGCCGGCCACGCUACUCCUGGGAAUGGCACAGCUGUCACCAGCACUACCACAGCAUGGAUGAGUUCAGCCACUACGACCUGCUGGAUGCCACCACUCAACAUUCGGUGGCCGAGGGCCACAAGGCCAGCUUCUGCCUGGAGGACACGUCCUGCGACUAUGGCUACUACAGGCGGUAUGCCUGCACCGCACAUACCCAGGGCCUGAGCCCAGGAUGUUAUGAUACCUACAACGCAGAUAUCGACUGCCAGUGGAUUGACAUCACAGAUGUGAAACCUGGGAACUAUAUCCUCAAGAUCAGUGUAAAUCCAUACUACCAGGUCCCAGAAUCAGACUACACCAACAACAAUGUGCGCUGUGAUGUUCGCUACACUGGCAACUACGCCUAUGUGUCGGGUUGUCACAUGUCACCGUAUUAAGAGAUGACCGUUGUUCCCAGCAACUCACAUGAGACAUCCUGUAAACGACAACGAAGGAGGACUGCAUUCAAAAGUACAACAUUGAAUAAAAAUUGUAAGACUUGGAUUCUACUUAUAGUUUGAAAUACUCCCAAUUUAGAAAAAGCAAAACAAAGUGAGAAGCAACUGACAUUACGGUGCCAGAUAAUGUGGAAUUCUUCUUUGCUUGUGUGUUUUUUUCUCUUUAUUGAAAAGUAUAUUGUUUUCUCACAUUUACUAUUUUUCUUUUUUCUUACUUGUACUUUAUACUUGCCUCUAAGACCCACGAAAUAGCCUAAAAUCACUAACAAAACACAUAAGCCAGCUUUCCCUAAAGUCUAAUAUAUCACAAUUUUUAAAUGAACCACUUUUUUAAAGGAAAUUACAUGUGUUAUAUUUAUAUGCAACUGAAGAAUCUCUUUUUAAUCCAAAGCUUUUGAUGAAACUUGAAUAAAACUUUGUGAUAUUG